AUGUCUCUGAAGGUUCACACCAGCAAUGACACCAACAAGAAUGACCCCAAGUCCAUCAACUCACACGUGUUCAUCGGUAACCUCAACACAGCCGUGGUGAAGAAGUCGGAUGUGGAGAGUAUUUUCUUGAAAUAUGGCCGCGUGCUGGGCUGCUCUGUGCACAAGGGCUACGCCUUUGUCCAGUAUGCCAGCGAGAGGCAUGCCCGUGGGUCUGUUAUAGGGGAGAAUGGACGAGUGAUGGCGGGACAGACUCUGGACAUCAACAUGGCGGAGGAGCCCAAGCCCAACAGACCCAGAGGACGGAAGAGGUUUGCCGCUGGUCUCUACAGUGGCUAUGACUUUGAUAAUGACUACUACAGAGAUGAAUUCUAUGACAGGCUGUUUGAAUAUUGGGGCAGAGUGUCGCCAGUGCCUCGCAUAGUGCCAGUUAAGUGGCCUCACAUGGCCAUGCCCCUGGUGCGUCAGGUCAACUAUUUGCCCGCCAAGCUGUUGGCACGCACAUCACUCCUCCCUAGCAGCAUCAAGCAGAAGUGUAAGUUCCUGCAGCUACAGGCAAUCCAAUCAGAGCUGACUCAGUUCAAGUUCAACAUUGAUGCGCUGCUCGGCCGAGUGGAACAGAUCACAGAAGACAAACACUUUACUACAACUUUACAAAGAGCACUCUUUAUCAGGGUGGAGUCAACAAAAGACCCAGGCCCUGUAAAGGGUAGCCCGUUGGUUUCUGCAGAUAAUCAUUCCAGCUUCACAGUGGUGAGGGGGCAACAUGCUGGCUUUAGGGGACCUAAACCCCAGACAACGCAGCAAACUGCCGAUACCCAGCAACUAACAAGCUUAUCCCUCAUCUUCGAGCCCCUGGCUGACCAGGGAGGCUGGUUGGCAGAGAUCACUUCCCUGCUUUCCUACCAGUUCCUGGCAGCUACCCUUACGCAGGGAUCUUCUGACACAAGUGUACCUGGUGAUUUGCCACCCUCUCCCAGUAGCCAUGGCCAUCUGGGCAUGGCCUGUGAGAGGAGGAAUGUGACAGACCUGACACUCAAGAUCAUUGACAUGGACCCCUUUACAUGCUCACUUUAUGGAAACAAGUGGAUCUACCUGAACGAGUGUGAGCUGGAGGGGCAGCUAGCUGUCACCUCAACAAGCGUUUAA